AUGCCAUCGAACGAAGGGAUUGGAUUCGCAAAUCGCGCUGAUCCAUUCAAAGUGCUGGUGGUAGGCGGAUCAUAUGGAGGUCUGGGGGCGACUUUGAAUCUUUUGGAUCUUUGCAAUGGAAGACCUGCGCGGUUUGCGUCAGACCCAUCUGCAUCACACAUACCCAGCAGAAUACCGGUUGAUAUUACAGUUGUCGACGAACGAGAUGGCUAUUUUCACCUGAUCUCAUCACCACUUGCCCUGGCUUCCAACGAGUAUGCUCCGAAGUCAUGGACCAAGUUUGAUAGUAUUCCAGCUUUGAAAAACGUCCGUUGUAUCAGAGGCAGUGUGAAGAGCGUUGAUUGCAAAAGGCGACAAGCACUCAUCACGGAGACCAACACCCAGUCAGAACUAACGAUGAACUACGACUUCCUAGUUGCUGGAUCAGGGCUUCGGAGGGUUUGGCCCGUGGUACCUCAGGCAACAAUCAGAGAGGAAUUCUUGGAAGAGGUAGCAACUCAAGUUCAAUCCUUGAAAGAUUCCCAAGACGGGGUUGUUGUCGUUGGUGGAGGAGCUGUUGGAAUUGAAAUGGCAGCCGAGAUCAAGCUGGUCAUGCCCGAACAGAAGGUCACUUUGAUUCACUCCAGAGACAAACUUUGUUCGGCUGAGCCUCUUCCCGAUGAAUUCAAGGACAGAUGUUUGACCACACUGCACGAAGCAGGUGUCGAGACCAUUAUGAACCAACGAGUCUUGGACACCGAGACUAGUCGGAGAGACGACGGAACAAUAGUCUCGAAGCUGAGACUGGCAAACGGAACAACCAUUACUGCUGGCCAAGUGAUUCAUGCUAUAUCCAAAAGUUCCCCUUCGACGACCUAUCUCCCGAAAGCCGCGUUGGACGAAGAAGGAUAUGUCAAAGUCGCCCCGUCUUUGAACUUUCUUCCCGAUAUGCCAAACUCUCAAUAUCAUUUCGCUGUUGGUGACAUUGCCAAAUGGUCUGGAAUCAAACGCUGCGGAGCAGCAAUGCAUAUGGGACAAUACGCAGCUCAAAACAUUCACCAAUUGAUGUUGAAACAAGUUCAAGGAACGAAACCUAAGUUUAUGGAACUUGAUGAAAUACCGCCCAUGAUAGGAAUUGCUAUUGGAAAGCAAGCAGUUGCCUACUAUCCAGGAGAUGGAACGACAUUUGGCGAAGAUAUGAUGCAGAAAUUAUUUGGUGACGACUUGGGCAACAUGAUCUGUUGGAACUAUAUGCAGCUUGGAAAGGAGUUUCCUUGA